UUGGCGGAUUGAUAAUCAAGUUAGGGCGAGCCGGCAGGCAGCGCGGCGAAACAGCAAGGAGUUUUUUUAUAGCCCGCGCGCAGCACAGUCCGACUGACGACCCGUGUGGCGGGACGCUGGCAAGAUAAUCUGCGGCCAUGGUGAGGGAGCCGGGCAAACCCCGCGGGAAGACCUCUUCGUACGCCUUCUUUGUGCAGACGUGCCGCGAGGAGCACAAAAAGAAACAUCCGGGCACUUCGGUGAACUUCGCGGAGUUCUCCAAGAAGUGCUCCGAGCGAUGGAAGACGAUGUCCGCAAAGGAGAAGGUCAAGUUUGAAGACAUGGCCAAGAAUGACAAAGUCCGGUAUGAUCAGGAGAUGAAGUUGUACGUGCCCCCGAAGGGCGCCAAGAGCAAGAAGAAGAAGAAGGACCCCAAUGCCCCCAAGAGGCCGCCGUCUGCGUUCUUUGUGUUCUGCUCUGCCCACCGUCCCAAGAUAAAGAGUGAACACCCCGGCAUAUCAAUCGGCGACAUUGCCAAGAAACUGGGUGAGCUCUGGGCCAAGCAGAGUUCCAAAGACAGGGCCCCCUUUGAGGCACAGGCUGCCAAAUAUAAGGAGAAGUAUGAAAAGGACGUUGCCGCCUACCGUGCCAAGGGUGGUUCUGGGAAGAGUGAUCCUGGUAAGAGGAGCGGGCCUGGCCGGCCAACUGGUAAGAAAGCGGAACCAGUUGAUGAUGACGAUGAUGACGACGAGGAUGAUGAUGAUGACGAGGAUGAUGAUGAUGAUGAGGACGAUGACUAAAGUGAGACCUCUUGGUUGAAGUGGGCUUUAUGAUGAAACAAGGAUGUGAACCCUGCCAUGCAAUGUUAUUCUAACUUUGUUUUGUUUUUUUGCAUGGUUGUUGUGUUUUGUUUGUUUGGUUUUUUUUCCCCUCUUCCGUGGUUUAGGCUGCUGUCACUGGAUCUCGAUCUAAAAUGUGAUUUUUGUCUACCCGUGCUUCUCAAUCUGGUCCUCGUGUACCCACGGUUAGGCUGCUUUUCUAGUCUGCCAGGUUUGGUUAUUUGCACGUAGCUCGGCUGAGAUAAGUGCAAAUAACCUGCUGGCGGAAUGGGAACACAAGCGUGACCGUUGUGCGCCCAAGGACCAGAUUGAAAACCGCAGGCUUAACAUUUAUGAGUUAUGAAAUUGUGUCCAGUUCUUUUAUUAUGGCUAGUUGAGUGUCUGUUGUUCAAGUGGACGACAGUAGUCUUGGUCUUUGUUGUGCUAUGACCAGGUUUUUAAAUUACUCAAAAGUACACCUUUUUUUGGUUUGUUUUGUUCUUGGAAUGCAACUCUGGUAUAGGUCUGACCGUUCCCACCAGACAAGGUUGACAGUAGCAUGUUAAUUUUCAGCAGGUGAGGGGGGGGGCGUUUCUUUUUGUGUGUUAAAAGCACUGCUUAGUUUCUCUGUAAUGGUGGCGUUUAUAUAUAUAUCAUUGUUUUUACUGCCGUUUUACUACAAUGAUUUCUGUAGUUUAUGCAACCAUUUAAAUAUGGAGCUUUAAAACUUGUUUUGUGUAGUUUUUUUUUGUAAUAAAAUUUUGCAUAUUA